UGUAACCCACAUUAAAAUCUGAUAUAAAUAGUUGAUUAAAUACCUGUAGACAGAAAAUAACGUCACUGCCCCUUUAAGGAACUAGCGUUACAGACGCUGCGUCUGUAACGCAGCACACAGCCCGGAGGGAGAGAACAGAGGAGGAAUCAGAGGAACGCGCAGUGAUUAGUUAACAACAAAAGUUAACAUUAUAUUUGAAAACCAUAAUCUAUCCGGUCGGGAACUGACGGGAAUUUUAUGAGCGCUAAACUAAAUCGGUUUUGGUGAGUUUUAUGUUUAUUUUUUCGCACUUUCACUGUAUUUUGCUGUAAAAUUGCUGUAAAAACAGCCGUUACAAUAGCCGUUGAUAGCCGUUAUAAAUUGUUAACCGAUUAACAUAUUGAGUUCAAGAAGAAUUUAUUUGUAUAAAUUGAAGAUUUAAAAAGAGUUUUAUUGUGUUUGCGACCUGUCAUACAGGUCAGUUUUUUUGCUUGGUUGGAAGCUCGGUCGGAGUCAGGAUUUGUCUGCCGUGUGCGGCGUGCACAUUCAUGGACGGGAUUCACGGACGGGAUUCAGGAUGGCGAGCCAGACCCAGACAUUCAAUUCACCUUCUCCAUCACAUUAAGGAAGGACUCUCCUGCGUGUGGUAAUUCGCUGCCAGGACGAACUGAACCGAACUGAACAGAACUGAUAAUUUAUUGAAUUAUUAUUUUUUGUUGGAUCGAGUCAACUAAGAUUUUUUUCAUCGAACUGAAUAGCUGAUUUCAUAUUCGGGUUGUACUCGAAUUUAAAGUGAUAUACUUUGGUUUCUAUAUGUUAUAUCUUUGAGUAUGAUUUGAACAAUUGUAAUUUAUUUUGAUUUGAUUGUGUUUGAGGUAUUUUCUCACCUGUAAAAGAAAGAAAACGAGUUAACUCAGAAAAAAUAGGGAUCUCAAAAUAGAUACAACAUAGGAAAUAAAAGAGACUGGUCUAACUAAUUCAAAUUAGACUGUCUAAAAUAACAUAGGAGAACAAAGAUCAGUCUAAUUAAAUUAGAUUAGUCUUAUUAAAAUGAACUAGGUGAACUAAAGAGUGAAAAGAAAAGGUGAUAUACUCUUUAUUUACUUCUUUUUUUCCCUUUUCAUUUUUAUUUGCUUCCUUAUUAAGAACCUGCAAUAUAUUUAUUUAUUUAUUUACUUAAUUAGUUAUGGUAUCUUAUUUGUGUGUUUUAUAUUCAGUAAAUUGCCGGCUUGUUUCACUUAAAGCAGCGGUCUCUGGUGUUGUCAUUCUUGCUCCCCACUCCUUAGAGCCUAGAACUGGUCCAGUGGCGCAGUUAGCGGUUUGAUACCGGUGCUACAACUUGGCGAGCCAGCCAGGAGUGGCUUAAAGCAUUUAAACUAGAAACCAGAGACCGUAUAGCAUUAUUAGUGUUAAAAACAUGGAUAUCGUUCAAACCAGUAAUGUAAAAAUCCCUAACUCUGUCAUAGUUAGCGGCAUGACCAAUACAGAAACUGAUGACGAACUAAGCGACUUCUUGGGACAAUAUGGUUCCAUUCAAAGAGUAAUCCCAGUAGAUCUCACUGAACCAGAUUCACCCAAACAGGUUAUCGUAGAGUAUGUGUAUGGCGCAGCUAUGCAAUCUCUUUUACCUUCAUUGCCAUAUGGGCUUAACAGUAAAACUAAGAAUGAUGUCACCUACCACAUUAGAGCCCUAGCUAAUGUUUACACACCUGUAGCUAGCAAGACAGCUACACAGACUUACCUUUCAGAGUUAAAGGACAUUGCAAAACAGACUGGUAAAGACUUUGCAGCUGUCCUCAGAGAAGAGCUCUCCCUCAUCGGUGAGACUCUCGAUCAAGAUCACUCAGAGUCCCAAGAUGAAGAUGCCCCUGAAAAUGCUGUACAGGUAGCCCCCCUUCCCAGUAUAGCCCUGCAGCAGCAUGUUCAACAUCGUUGGUCUCCACCAACGACACCAUCUAAAGAAAAGACACAGCCUGCUCUUAAACUUUCCUAUGUCAAUCCACCUGACAUACAAAAAGUAAUUGUUGAGCACAUAGUGAGAAAUGAAGACUCUGCUCUGCAAGUGCACACUUCCUUGAGACUCAGACCCUUCUCUGGGCGUUUCCCACGUCCCAACAGUGAAGUGGAUUAUGAGACAUGGCGCUCCAAUGUGGAACUUCUUCUUAAAGAUACAACACAGUCUGAUCUUUACAAGUCACGAAAACUUCUCGAAAGUCUCUUAUCACCCGCCCUUGAUAUUGUGAGGCACCUGACACCUGAUUCUCCUCUUGAUGCAUACUUGGAGAUCUUGGACUCUGCUUUCGGCACAGUCGAGGAUGGAGAUGACCUCUUUGCAAAGUAUCUCAACACAAUGCAGGAUAAUGGCGAAAAACCUUCAGCUUAUCUACAACGGCUGCAGGUGAUGUUGAGUACCACCCUCAGAAGGGGAGGCGUAACUGCAAACGACCUUAACCGGCACCUUCUCAGACAAUUUGUCAGAGGCUGCUGGGAUAACAUCUUGAUAGCUGAACUACAGCUAGAACAAAAGAAGCAGAAGCCACCCACCUUUGCUGAACUUCUCCUGUUACUCCGCACAGCAGAAGAUAAACGUUCUUCCAAAGCUUUACGCAUGAAACAGCACUUCAAUGUUUCAAAGCCAAAAGUGUCUUCUCAUUAUCAAGGUGUUUAUGUGCAGAGUGAAGAAGGCUGCAGCUCAUCUCAGCCAGCUCCUGAUCACAGGUCUGAAAUACAAGACUUAAAGAAACAAAUAGCUGAUCUACAGUCCCAGCUCACACGUAUCGCACAGAAAGACAGUAGAAAAGCUAAAUCAGCUGUCAGACCACUAGCUCCCCAAACAGUUAACACACAUUCCCCAGCUAUCACUCAUACAUCUCAAAGGCUGCAACCCCACAGCCGAAAUGCAAACAACACCACAAGCAAUAGACCAAGGCCCUGGUAUUGCUUUAGAUGUGGAGAGGAUGGGCACAUUAAGCCCCAGUGUGAAAGUGAGCCGAACCCAUCUCUUGUGGCUAGGAAGAACAAGCAGCUAAAAGAAAAGCAGUUAGCAUGGGACAGUCAACAUGGCACUUCAAAGCCUGAUCCUUUAAACUAGACCCAGUUCCGGUUGUGGGACAAACAGGGACUGGAACACAGGAAAAGUGUCCCAAAAAGAAGCUGCACAGAGCCCAUGUGUACUCUCACACACAGAGACAGUCAGUGACCUUGCCAAAAGGGCUGAUUGGAGCCAAGUGCACCGCACAAGUGACCAUAGCUGACAAAGACUGUAGUUGCUUGUUGGAUUCAGGCUCCCAAGUAACAACGAUCCCCAACUCCUUCUAUCUAGAGAACUUGUCUCACUUGCCUCUCAAUUCCUUGAACGACCUGCUUGAAGUGGAAGGAGCCAACGGUCAAAGCGUCCCUUAUCUUGGCUAUGUUGAGGCCACCAUCAGAUUCCCAAAGAGCUUGCUUGGAGUCGACAUCGAGGUACCUACGCUAGUAUUAGUUGUACCUGACAUGCGCUCCACGUUAUCAUCAGUGCUUAUAGGCACAAAUACUUUGGAUAUUCUCUAUGAAAAGUAUGAGGAGAUUUCACCUCAGAACUUCGAAUCUCUUCCCUAUGGCUACAAAGUAGUCUUAAAGACCCUUGAAAUCCGGAAAAAACAGUCUGUUGGUUCCAGCCUGGGAGAGGUGAGGCUUAAUAGUAGAGACCUCAAGACCAUUCCAGCUGGACAGACCAAAGUAAUUCAAGGAUCAGUGAGCUGCAGAACAUCUGAAGUUGGAAGGUGGGUGAUGGUAGAGUCACCAAAGUCAUCGUCCCUACCUGGUGGCAUCCUGGUGACAGAUAGCCUGGUAAGUCUAUCACCAAAGCUAUCACGCUGCAUACCAGUCAUGCUUAAAAACGAGUCACAGCAUGACAUCACCCUGUCCUCAAAAACCGUGAUAGCAGAGAUACAUGCUGUCAAGAGUGUUCAACCUGUC